AUAUAUAUCAGGGAUUGGUAUAUAGUUUGAGGAACUAACCACUUCCUCUGACAUUUUAACCAAGGCAAUUUCUUAGUAAUGAUAAGAACUCUGAGUAUCAAGUCAUCAUUCCAGUUCAAAGGCAGAGUUCUCAAUUCUAUGUUGCCUAAGUGACCAGUUGCAAACAUAAUCAAAUAGUGACAAGAUGAAAUUGAAACAUGGAUCAUUUCUAUGGUACCUCUAUUUGGAUAAAAUAUACUGUUUACUAUCAGUGAGAAAUGUCAAGGCACUGUCAGAAUAUUUCCAAGUUCUUGAUGUGCACAAAAAGCAGGCUCUGAAUGAUGUGGUCUUCUAUCACUUUCUUCAUCACGUGACUGACUUGAACAGGAACCAAAUCAUGAUAGUAUUUGACAUGCUGGACUGGGAUGCCACAGGAGAGAUCGGCUUUGACGAGUUCUACAUGCUUGUUUGUGUCCUAUUGUCACAUGAGAAUCACUUGGAAGAACGGUUUAUCUAUCGACAUUCCCGGCCUGUGUUUGAGCUGCUUGACAGAGAUGGAGCACUAAGGGUUAGGUUAAGGCAGUUUGAAGCCUUCCGAUUCCUCUUCAAUUUCAGAAACCAGGAAAUGAAACAGAUCUUCAAGAACUUUGAUGUCACAGGUGAUGAGCGUCUUAAUUACAAAGAGUUCAAGUUGUUCACUAUCUUCUGCCUUGACAAACAUCAGGAGAGGCAGAAAUUAGAGAGAAGCAAAAAUCUGCUCCUGAAACAGCAAAGUCUCUUUGAAAGCUGGAGAGAGCAACACAGAAGUCAGAAAUGAACACUUUUAUUAUUAAAAUAAAUUUUAAUCUACAAAGUAGAAAAUUUAGAAUCUAUUUCUUUCAUGAGAGAUUACAGGGAGGGGGAGUGUCAGAUUUGCAUGUAAGUACUCAAUAGGUAUGUUCAUAAAAUUUUGGAUUAUGACUAGAGCAACAUAACUCUCAGGAGUUACUCAAGAUAGUACAAUACUGAUUAAAAUAUCAUCACUUGUUCUCACUGGACACGCCCCAGUUUCCUAAUGCUGAGUAACCUAAUCAAACCCCAUCCUCAUCUGGGACUGAAGACUGCCCUGGGCAAAAUGUUCCUGGUUUACUACUAAUCAAGGGACUACUUCCACCUCUAUUUCAAAGAUUUGAGGAUUAUAGUCUCCUUGGUGUCUACUUCACUCCUUGAGAAACAAGUCAGGUGUACACAGAAGAAAUCCUUUACUUCUCUUGCGCUAUUCACUCAUUUGUACUCAGCUGUUUUCUUAAAUGGCUAUAUGGACACAGCUAAGCUACCUAUUCCAGGACAUGGACCUAAGGUUCACGGUUAAUCAUCUUUUUUUUUAACCUAUUUUUCCUGCUUCCAUCUAAAAGACAAAAAGCCAUAUUGUUUUUGUAUUGUAACAGCGCAGAAAGAUGAUAUCAUGUGAAUUUCAUUCUGUUUUACAUUUGCUCACCCGGAGGAAUAUCACACAGGGAAGUUUCUAGCCACGAAGCUUUAAUCACUGGCUAGUGAUGUUCUUUUAUUAAAAAAGUUUCAAGCUCUUUUAAAAGAAGGUUUUAGGCGAUUUAAAGGAUUUUCAUUAUGGAAUGAGGAAGAAUUAAUUUUCCUUCUCCAGACACCUAUUUUAAUAUAGCACUUCUCUGGCACCUUUUUAUCAUGGUCUCUACUCAUCAGUGUAGCACUUUUUCACUAAUAUAUGAACUGACAUUUCAUUGACAUAGAAAUUGCUUCUGUACCAACAUUUACCACCUUCAAGACGAAUUUGGGGAAGAAGUCAGGGUUUAGGGAAAUUCAUUCCCAGAUCCUCUUCAUUCUAUUCUGUUAAAACACUGCUCUAAUGACCGAUCACCUAGACUACCAUAAUGCCUGACUAAAAACCACAAGGUGACUUGUGCACUUUGCCCUAUUUUAUAUGUAGAUACCUCUGUGUGUUAAACAAACAUGUAAAUCUCAAUCCUGAACAUCCUUUUCAUGAAAUACAGAGCUGAUCUUUCACUAAUACCUUCCCCCUAACUUCAUUAAAUAAAACCUGGAAACAGAUCAUCCUGUCACCUAAAAUUAGUUGCCAAUCAUGUAGUUAUAGCAUUUGGUUAAGUAAAUAGACCAAUUAAUAAAGUUAAAAUACCCAAAUGGAGUCACAAAGUCAGACAUGACUAAACAAUAACAUAUAUGUGUGUGUGUGUGUGUAUGUAUGUAUGUAUGUAUGUGCAAACACACAUAUACACAUCCAAAUAUUUCUCACUGGAGCAAACUACAAAAAUGCAUCUCUCACCAAAAAGCAUAAUCUUUUUAGUUUGAACUAAGUUUGAGAAACUGUAUCUGAGAAGGUGGUGAAAGAGAAAACCCUUACCAGGUACUUACCAGUAAGACUGUUUCUCCGAAGAUAUACUGAACCUAGCAAUGCAGGAGUCUUCAAAAAGCUUUUAACCUUAGGAACAAGACUAGUAGAGCUAGAACAGGCGCCUCAGAGAUUACUAAACUAGUUUAACUAAUUAGAGAUUACUAAACUAGUUUAACCCUCUCAUUCUACAGAGAUAGUAACUGGGCCUAGAGAAGUUUAGUUUACUAAAUGUUUGUUGAAUUAAAUGAUGUACACAAGAUGACUCGGCCAGGUGAACGCGUCAGAACUAGAAUACUGCUGCAUUCUUCCUGGGUCAGACCAUAGUUGGAGGACUAUAUUCACUGCUGGAUACACUUUAGGAAGGAUAUUCACAAGGUGGAACACAGCAUAAGCAGCAAUUCUGGCACCUAUGUCAAGCCACACUGAACAAAUCGUCAAAUCAGUGAUAGGUGAGGAGACUACAAUAGAGACUUCAGACAGGAGAAGACACCUCAAAACACUAGAAGGCUACUGCAGGUAAAAAAAUAAAACACCAAUUCAGGAAGGAGCAAGACUAAGAUCUCGCCUGGUACGGAGAAGGAAUCUCACCAUUUGGUAAGUUCCUUAGGUUAAUUCAUUAUAUUCAAAAAGCUUCUAUGCUACUCAAAAAAAAGCAGUCAGAAUGUUACAAAAUAUUAUAAAUGUAACAAAUUUUAAAAUUGUACAAUCUUCUAUUACUGUUAUAUGAUUUGCGUCUUCUGCACUUUGAUGCCCAGUAGCAAAAUCCUGGUUCCUCCCCACUAGUUAAGGUCUGACCAGGAGUAAGUACAUGCAGAGGAAGGUGAGACUAGCAUAUUGAGAGGACUGGAGAUUGCGUCUUAUGACGACUAAAGGAACUAGGAAUAUUUGGCCCGAAGAAGAGAAGUCUCCUGGGGACCACACGACAACAGUUUUCAAGUGUCUGAAGGGCUAUUUUAUGGAAAAAAGAUGAUUGCUUCUGGCAAAUCAACAGGUCCAAGCUGCAGAAAGGUAGACUCAAGAUCAAUGUAAGGAAAAACUUGCUAACAACCAGUGCCAUCUGUUUCAGAAGUCACCCUCUUCCUAGAGGUUAACUGGAAGCUCUCCCUCGCUGGGGGGGGAGGGCUGUAAAGUGCAGCUGUUCAAAGGUGCGUUGAAUUAAACGGCUUCUCAGGCCCCUUUCUGCUCUGGGGUGGUUAGGCUUUUGUUGGUCUUUUGUCUGCUUUUCCAUCCAGAUCUUCUAACACCUGCCAUUGUGCCACGCAGGGGAAGAGAUGAGCCUCAGCACCAGCACUAAUAAGACACUCCACCACGAGGUCUUCCCUGCAGUUCUUCCCCCUACUUCCACCUGAUGACUGGACAGGCAAAUCCAACGUUACAGGACAGCUCAGGCUACCAGUGGGGUGCAGUACACAAAAAGAAUAUGAGAAGGAACCUGUAACAGCUGCCAGGGAUAAUGCAACUUCAAGUAAAUAAUCUUCUUGGUAAGUAAUUGGGGUUUUUCCAAAGAUGCUAAGGAUGGCUGCCUUCAGCUGUUAUGGCAAGUAACCUAUCAGGAGGCAGGGCAUGAGGUCACUCUGAGAAGAGCCACAGUGGGAUUACAAGACCAAACUGACAGUCUCAUCAGCAGCCAGAUCCAAAUGAGUGCCUUAUGUGUAUGAAGAGCACCAGGUGGUUAGGUGCUUUGUAUUCCUUUUAAAUAUCCUUUACUCUCCCCUAGGUAGAAACAAAGAUCCAUUCAGACCCAGAGAAUGCUUUAUGUAACCCCAGAUGAAGUAGGAUUGGGCUGGAAGAGACCUUGGUGAUCAUCUUGUUUAGCCACUUCACAUUCCACAGAAGGACAAGAAAUGAAGUCCAGAAAGAUCAGGUGACUAAUCCAGGGUGACAGAAGCCAAGUGGCAAUAACCCAGAGUUACUGACUCUAAAGCUAGAGCUUUCCCCAAUUCAACAUGACAGCUUCACAAGUGCAUUAAAGAGAAACUAAGGCAGCCAGAAGGUUGAUUUGCCUGAAAGGUUUUCUAACCCUUUAGUGGUACGGAAAGGACUUUUGGGGUAGAAUCACUUACCAGAGUAUAGAAUUCACCAAUCCUUUUGGUUAAAACAAUUACUACUUGGACAAGGGUCUACAGAACGCUUCAGAGAACAUAAAGUGUAUGGGCUGAAGGGAGGGCAGGUUAAUUAGAUGAAGACCACAAUGCUUUAACCAGGAGAAGGUGAAUAAAAGUAAUGCUUUCAACAGUCAAGAAAUUAUAGAAAAAUCAUAGACCAUUUCCCUUCCAUAUGGAAUGAGAGUGAUUAAUUACUGUCCUUUUAUACUGCUCUUUCAUUACUACCAUCUCCCAUAGCACAAUUUGUGUUUGGGGGCAGAAGAGGUGAGUGGGGCCUUUGAAAUUCUUUCAGACAUAUCCUAGCUUGCUAUUUCCUUACUAUCCUUUCCAUAAUCUAACCUCACACAUCAAAAAUUAAAUUUGGUUAUCUUUUAACAGAAAAUACAACAUAUGAUACUGCUACCACAGAUCAAUGGCCAUUCUAGGCAGGAAUUUAUAAUCCUAGACAUUAUGUUCAAUAACAAUAUGAAAUAAUCUCUGUAACACUGCCCUUAAAGGACACAUAUCCUACUUACUUAGGAGACUAAUAUCUUCUUAGCAACCCAAACUUUCCAUUCCUCUCACCCUGCAAACCACCCCAAGGCAGCACUAUAAAUUAGCUCACCAAAAAAAAAAACAAACAAAAAAAACCACCCAAACCCCCAAAACCAAGAGCUGGGUUCUUCUAGGCUGUUGAAUGUCUUAUUCAGCUCAUAGGAUCACAUAUUUAGAGCUGGACCAUAGAGGUCAUCUUGCCUUACCUCUUUACAUUACAGAUGAGAAAAAUGAGUCGCAGGGAACUGAAAUGAUUUAAACUCAGGUCCUCUGACACCAAAUUCAGCACUGCUGCUAAUGCCCCAAUAUGGGAAAGAAAUGACUGUCACAUGUCUAGUAGUAGUGCUAUAACCAAAUGUUACUUACAAUGCGUAAGUGGACAGAGUAUCAUCACUGGAGAAGGGUAGCUAUCAAAGUAAGAGAACUGGCCUGCCAUAGUUCUCAAGAGAUCUUUCACAAAAGUCAUAAGAUAAGCCCACCUUCACCAGGUUAUUUCGAUCUUCAUUCUAUGGCUGCCACAUCUGCAGAUCUUCCCUACCACCCAAGCAUAGUUGUGGAAGAUGAGGCUAGCAUAAAAAAAUCUCAAGGAUACUUUUCUCUCCAGCGGCUUGGGUGGGGCUCAUAAUCAGUGUCCUCUAGGCUCAUAAAGGUGAAGUGACUUGAUGAGGUUGAAUUACAGUACCUAUUACAAAGUGGCUGGUACUUACCACACUUCAGACAGAGCAUCUUUUCAGAAUGUCACAAGGAGGAAAGAUGAGCAAAUGAUUCCUGGUUUUUAUUUUGGCAAAAAAUGAAAACCUACAAAAAUUUCCAUUCUUUUCUAGAAUUAGCAGGCAAUUUCCUCCCUGCUUGGAAAUAGUGUUGACUAGGAAAGACUUUGAGAAUAUACUGCUAUCUAUAAGAGGCUGCUCUUUUAAGUCUGCCAACUCCUUAGCCAAGUGGUUAAGCACACUUCUCUAUGCACUAGGUUCACAACAGAUGCAAAACUGAAACUCUUCUUUAAAAAGCCAAAUUAGCCUAUACCAGCAGUGUGGACUGGGUCUGAAAUUCCUUUAGUGAAAAACCAUCCAACUUAAUUCACCACUUAGCUCUUCUUGAAGUUUUUUUCUUAGCUAUAUUAUAAAAACCUUAAGAAUUUGAAAGAUUUUUAAGGAUAUUCUUCAGUUCUACUCUCCACACUUCAGAAGGACAGUUGGCUAAUCCUUCAGAUUAUAUUUAAGGUCAGUUUAGUGCCUAGCCCAGCAAUAUACACAAAAAGGAACUUAAAGUAUUUCUGUAAGAUGGUGAUUUUCUGUACUAUAACUAGGAACUACAUAUUUCAUUAUUUGCAGGCUCUUCAAUAUUAUUAGUAUGAGUAUUUGCUCUAUAAAUUACCACCUCUAUCCCAUACUCCCCCAGACUUAGUAGAUGACCUUUGAAAGUUACUAUACCCAAAAAUGUACUGCUCUGUGGUCAAUCUGGCAAUGACCCUCUCUGAAUUUAGCCAACCUCACAUCCUCAGACGACAGACACAUAGGCCACCACCAAGCUAGCUUCACAGAGCCACUCAAAGGUUAGAUUUCAUAGGUAGGAGGCACAGUGGGUCUACAGAACACUGGACUUUAGAGUCAAGAGUGACAGAAUUUCAAUCCUGCCCCAGACACUUAUAACCAUGUGACCUUGAGCAAAUCAC